GGUUCGCUUCCUCCCCAAACCACCAGGGGAAAAAGGGAUGGGAAAGAAAUCUCGCAUCGCUGGAGGAACGGUCGGUCGCAGAACAAUACUGCAGCUCUCGCCGCCUGGUACUCGCGUUGGGACAUCUCAUUUGAGGGAAGAAGGAGGCUCCGGAUCUGAAGACGAGUCGGAAAGUGAUGGGCACAAAUUAAUAGGAGACGGAAACGUAAACAUGAAUAUGAAGGGGCCCGUAAUCAAGGCCACAGAAGGGUUGUCCCUACUUGGGGCCUAUGAGGACAGCGACGAAGAAGAAAGUGACUCUCAACAGACAACAAAAGUACAGCAUAACCAGUCAGCAGAUAUUGACAGCACAUUGGCCAACUUUAUGGCGGAAAUUGAUGCAAUCACAACUCAGCCAAAUUCAGAGGACGCCCCUCCUCAUCCUGUAGUUCCAUCCCCCACCCCUCCCAGACCUGAAAAUAACGUUCAGCAGGGAGUGCACACAAAGGGGCAGGAGCAGCCAAGUACUGAGGCAGACUUCCAAUACAACACCCAGGACUCUUUAGCUGGAGUGGGGGUGGAGAUGGGAGAUUGGCAGGAGGUAUGGGACGACAACUCUGGCUGUUACUACUAUUGGAGUACUGUAACCAACGAGGUGUCCUGGGAACUACCUAGUUACCUGGCUAACCAGGUGCAAGGCCUGCUGCAGUGCAGUAACAGUGCCACUGUCAAUGGCAACGAUACCGUGGAAGCAGCGUAUUAUCCUGAACAAAAACCUGCUCUUGCCCACACCCCAGCUAUCAAGAAGGAGGCAAAAGUGAAGGAGGUGAUGGAGAGCGUCGUAGCCGUCGCAAGCGAAGAAGAGGAGCGCCACGGUGUAGCCGCCUCCCUCCUCGCGGCCCUCAUCCCCCCUGAGGUGAAGGUGGCGGAGGAGAAGUGGAGGAAGCGAUUGCUGGGCCACCUUGAGGAGGGGGAGAACGGGAUGGACUCCGACGGGGAGGCAUGCGGCCCGGCGGGCUCCCCGUCCACCCCUCUGCGGGACUCUGAAAGCCUUCCCGUGGCCCCGAAAGAACCACGCUCCAAGAACCAGUCGCAGGAAAGCUCUGACGCGGAGGAGGAGACGGAGGAGGACACCGUGGAGCUGGAGCUCGCGCUCGAGAGGAAAAAGGCGGAGCUGCGGGCUUUGGAGGAAGGCGACGGUAGCGCAGGGGGCUCCAGCCCGUGUUCGGAGACCAGCCAGGAGGCCCCGGGCUCGCAAGGGGCUGCUCUGAAGAAGUCCAGAUGGAAGACGGCCUUCAUCAGCGCAGCCAGCCCAGACUCUAACAGCAUAAGCUCCGAUAUACAGGAGAAUGUCGAGACGGCUCAAUUAAAAUCCCCCGAGAAGCCUGAAGAAGCAGAGGAAAUGGAGGCAGACAAAGCAGAGGACAAAUCAGUUGUGAAAAUUCCCGCAAAAGAUGUCGAAGUUGAAACACCAGAGCUCAGGUUUCAGAUUGGAGAACUAGCAAACACCUUAACCAGCAAGAUGGAGUUUUUGGGGAUAAACAAAAAGGCCAUUUCGAACUUUCAGCUGCUUCUGCUACAAACGGAGACGCGGAUCGCUGACUGGAGGGAGGGGGCUCUGAACGGACUCUAUCUCCGCCGCAGGCUGCAGGAAGCCGCCCAACACAUAAAACAUUACGAACUUAACGCCACCCCUAAAGGCUGGUCCUGCCACUGGGACAGAGAGCACAGGCGGUAUUUUUAUGUGAAUGACCGGACCAACGUCUCCCGGUGGGAUUUCCCAACUAAGGAGGAGCUGCAGGAUGAGCCCAGCGAUGAACAGACAUCCAGCCAGGGAGAAACAAAUGCCACCCAGACAGAACCUAUUGCCUGUGCCCCCGCCGCCCCGCCCGCACCCCCGCCGUGUUGGCCCCCAGCCCAGCCCCAGCCCCCACCUCCCGAAACCCCACCCCCGCCCGCCGACUACCCCCCGCCUCCCCCGCCGCCGCCGGGCUCCCCCCCGCCGCCUCCCCCUCCCCCGGACAGCGACGGCGACAUCAUGGAGGUGGAGAUGGAGAUGGACGACGAGGACGACGGCGAGCCGCCGGCUCCCGGGACGGAGGAGGACGGCGGCAGCGGGAGGCCACCGCUACCCUGCGUCCCGGCAAGGGCCCUGGAUUCUUCGGCUUCCUCUGGGAAAGGUCAGAAACGAAAGGCCGGUCAUCUGAACAAGGCCAUCACUAUUGGCAGCGGCGCUAUUCUCUAUACCCAGAACACCGUCAGCGCAGCUUCUGUCAUGACGGCCAACGCCUACUGGGGAGUGGCCACGGUCGGUGCUCCCUCGAUCCCCGCUGAAGUCGUGGCCCCACCUCCGCCCGCGCCGCCCGUCCAGCCCCCUCUCCCCCUAACCCAGCCCCCCCCCGAGCCCUCCACCGCCAAGGCCCUGCCGACGGACAAGAGCAAGAAGCUGAAAAAGGACAAGUCGAAAAAGACCAAAACUAAGAUGCCGUCGCUGGUGAAGAAGUGGCAGAGUAUCCAGAAGGAGCUGGACGAGGAGGACAAGAGCAGCUCCAGCGACGAGGACCGGGACCAGCUCAACAAGAGGACCAUCGAGGAGUGGAAGUCUCAGAUGCUGCUGACAGGGAAAUCAAAUAAGAAUGCCAACUUUGAGGCUCUCCCUGUAGACUGGCGGGAACGUCUGAAAAAGAGGAAGAAGACGAAUAGCAUGUGAAGCUUUGUCUCCGGGAUACACUGCAAGCUAAUGCUCCGCUCUCAUGCCUGACCUCCACAGAUGUUGGGGACAUUUUGUCCAUACUUUUAAUAGUUUGAAUAAAAGAUGUAGAAUACUGUUGUGGUCGAUGAAGAUGUCCGUGUUGAAGAUAUAGGACUAAUGAUGGGGACUCAUCUACUCUUCUUUCUCUGCAUCAAAAAACACGAUAUGAUAUACGAGUUGCAGACUGCAGUUUGCAAUCUAAAUUGUCCUUUUUUUAAUGUAACAGAACUCAACAUAAAUAUAUUUUUAAGGAUUCUUAUCUCUUUCUUUUUUUUGCCCAUGACGGCCAGUUAUAUUUUGAUAUUUUCUACUCUUAGCAUGAUGAACAAGAGUGAAUUAUGUGCCAAAUUACCUAUCUUUAUCCAGUAUGUGAUAUAUGCACACAAUUGACAUGGCCACCUAAAUCUGUUGAAUGGAUUUUCCAUUUUAUUGAGUUAUUUGUUUUCAUUACUCAACAUAGAUUAUUUCUAACGGAAGUCAAUGGGCAGUCAUGUUUUGGAUGGAGGGUGUCCCCCAACUUGUACAUUGUUGUAAAAAGUUAUUAAACACAUUUUUUAAUUCA